AUGGAUGGCACAUCAAUGGCAGUUCUUGUUAAUGACAUUGCUCGAGCGUAUAACGAUGACUUCUCUUCAACUCCAGCUAUGCCUUAUAGUGAUUACAUAGCACAUAUUCAGGCUCAACCGACCGAAGAUGCGUUAUCAUUUUGGGAAGCUUACCUUGACAAAGUUAUGCCAUGCCAUUUCCCCCCUUUGCUGGACCCCAUGGAAGGGCUCUCGGCUAUGAAUGAUAUUGAGGUCAAAACACCCGGUGUCUCUGAGAUGCGCCAGUUUUGUCGACGAAACGACGUGACACUCGCGAAUGUGGUGCGUUUGGCAUGGGCAUUGGUUCUAUCAGCCUAUACAGGAGAGGAUCAGGUGUGCUUUGGGUAUCUUACUGCCGGUAGAGAGAUCCCUCUUCCUAAGAUUGAGAGUUCUGUCGGACCUCUUAUCAAUAUGCUUGUCUGCACUAUCGACAUUGCAGAGAUAAGCAAGAAAACAGUUCUUUGCGAACUCCAAGAUCUCCAAGACGAGUAUUUCAAGGCACUGCCAUUCCAGCAUACGAGUCUAGCUGAAAUACAACAUCAUAUGGGUCUUACGGGACGAUCAUUAUUUAACUCAGUUGUGAGUGUGCAGCGCCGUGAUGUGGGCAAUACUGUUCUCGGCGAUAUGCAAAUUGAGUAUAUAUCUGGACUUGACCCUACCGAAUAUGACAUAACGGUCAAUGUAACAGAUACCAAUCACGGGCUCCAGAUAGGUAUCAGCUAUUCUGCUUCAUGCCUCUCACCUGGGUAUGCUGCGAACGUAUCUUCCGCUUUAUCCGCAGCACUUUUCUACAUUGUGUCAAACCCCCUGUCCCCUGCUGGGUCUGUCAAUCUUUUUGACGAGUAUCAUAAACAACAAGUCCAGAAGUGGAACACCGUUGUACCUCCUCCCGUCUAUGAUUGUAUUCAUUCUCUCAUUGAAAUCAACACAAAGAGCAAUCCUGAUGCUAUUGCUAUUGAUUCUUGGGAUGCAACAUUUACCUACUCUGAUUUGGACAAAAGAGGGACCCAACUCUCUCACGUCCUUAUUUCAAUGGGAGUUAGGUCCUCGGACAUGAUUCCCAUCUGUUUCACAAAGUCUUCUUAUGCCAUUGUUGCGAUGCUCGGAAUUCUUAAGGCUGGGGCAGCAUUCAUACCCCUAGACCCAGAACACCCAAAACCCCGCUUAGCAACCAUUAUCAACCAGUCCGGCUCCCGUUUGGCUCUUACCAGCCCAGAAACCUCAAAUAUAAUCGCCAGUUUAACACAGGAUAUUGUAUUGGUUUCUAGUUGUUCAGAUUGGUGGGCAGAAGAAGUGCCAUAUGAUUAUACCUGCCCGAAGAUCUACCCUACGGACGUUGCAUAUGUCCUGUUCACUUCUGGAACUACUGGAAUACCCAAGGGCGUUGUUAUAGAGCAUUCCGCCGUCUGUACUAGCUCCUUUUACCACGGUAGGGAGAUCGGCUGCAGCUCCAAGACCAGAAUGUUUCAAUUUUCCGCUUACACCUUUGACGCUUGCAUAUUGGAGAUUUUUACAACUCUUAUCUAUGGGGGUUGUGUCUGCGUUCCAUCAGAAGCUGAGCGUAUGAAUGAUAUAGCUGGGGCUAUAAACCGGCUAAACUGCAACACAACUUUCCUUACCCCAUCAGUUAUACGCAUUAUCCGCCCCGAGCAAGUUCCCAGUCUUGAAACAAUAAUAUUAGGAGGCGAGCCCCUUGAUAAGAAUAGCAUUGAACUUGCCCCAGUUGGUGCAGUUGGCGAACUUCUGGUCCAAGGAGGAACACUUGCCCGUUGCUAUUUGAAUGACGAAAAAAAAGACAGACCACUCAUUUUUCGAGAAACCAACCGUUUCUACCGAACAGGCGACCUGGCGCGCUACAAUGUCGAUGGCAGUAUUACCUUUUUGGGAAGAAAAGACACCCAGGUGAAAUUACGAGGACAGCGGGUCGAGCUCUCUGAGGUUGAAUAUCAAGUCAAAAAGUUAAUUCCAUUCUCUUCUCAAGUUGCGGUUGAGAUAGUCAUGCUCCGAGGUGAGAAGGAUCAAGCACUUCUGACAGCCUUUAUCUGUGACUCCUCUGCUGCUACCCGCACACUGCCUUUGCUCUCCAAUAUGACACAGUGUUUCAAGGUACAAGUUGACAGGCUCAAAAGGUUGCUUUCUCGCGUGCUGCCGCAUUAUAUGCAGCCGUCAAUAUACAUUCCCACCAAUUGGAUGCCCACGACUACAGCAAGGAAGCUGGAUAGGAAGCUUCUUCGCGAAUCUGUGGCAGCAUUAUCUGAAGAUGAACUCGAUAGAUACUCCCUAGAUGAUAAUCGCAGGCCUCCAAGUUCGCAUACUGAGAAAUGGCUGCAACAAAAUUGGAGCGAGGUAUUGAACCUUUCCGUGAGAAAAAUUAGAGCAGAUGACCAUUUUUUCGAAAUUGGUGGUGACUCUAUUUCUGCCAUGAGGCUUGCUGCAAUUACAUCUCAAAAUAUGAGGGUCUCUGUAGCAGAUAUAUUCAGCUAUCCAGUCCUCUCCAGCCUAGCAGCGAUUAUAGAUUCCAGAUCGUCCGAAGCAGAGCAGAGAGAAAUAAAACCAGAACCAUUUGAGCUUCUAGCCCAAGGAGAGGAUGCAUCAACCAUACUGUCAAAUAUUGCGAAUCAGUACGGUAUCCCACCUGGUUUGAUCGAGGAUGCGUACCCUCCCACCCCCCUCCAAGACGGAAUGGUAACGCACACAUUUCUCAACCCUACAGCAUAUAUCCUAAGACAAGUUGUCCGCAUCAAGCCAUCUACUGACAUAGCGCGGUUCCGAGCUGCUUGGGAAACCGUAUCCGAGAAAAACCCGAUCCUUCGUACAAGAUUUGUUAGGCCUUCGAAUGGAGAGACAAUACAGAUUGUAGUCAAAAGUUCUAUCGAAUGGAGAAAUGCUGAAACCCUCCAGCAAUACCUUGAAUUGGACCAGGGCGAAAAUGUUGCUUAUGGUACUCCGCUGAUACGUUAUGCCAUGACUGAUGAUGAUCACUUUAUUCUGACGGUUCAUCACUCAUUAUAUGACGGGUGGUCUCUACCUUUACUGCUUCGCCAGGUCCGUUCUAUAUAUGAAAACGGCAUUUGCCCCGAUACCCCAGGUUUUAACCUAUUCAUCAAAUAUCUACAGAAUGCCAAUCUCAAGUCCACCAAAACUUUCUGGGAGGCCCAGCUGGCUGGUCAGCGCCCAGCUACUUUCCCAAUGAUUACUGUUCCAGGAUAUCGCCCGGCUGUUCAACACAUAUUGAAGUAUAGGUUCGCCUUACCAAAGCUGGUUAACUCGGAAUUUCUCAAAAGCACUAUACUCCGUGCCGCAUGGGCGUUCGUUCUCUCUGUAUACUCGGACUCCCAGGAUAUAGUGUUCGGAAUGACCCUUUCUGGCAGAAAUAGCCCUGUCACAGGCAUCGAAAAGAUAAUCGGCCCAAUCAUUACAACAGUCCCGGUACGGAUUGUGCUGAACCCGACUGAAACUCUCAGUGAGUUCCUUAGCCAUGUCCAGCAACAGGCCACAGAAAUGAUACCCCAUGAGCAUUUUGGAGUACAGAAUAUAUCAAUGUUGAGUGCAGAAUGCAGCCAAGCCACUCAAUUCCAAAAUUUGCUCGUAAUUCAACCUAUCUCGGAAACUACAUCUACUGAUGCUCUGCUUCCAGGAUGUAAUGAAGUUGAUUUACCACUGAAAGGUUUUGACAGCUACCCACUUGUGGUAGAAUGCCACGUUUCAGACGAUACGGUUCAAAUUGAGGCAAGAUAUGAUGGAUGUUUGCUCUCCUGUUGGCAGGUCGAGAAUAUGAUGAGCCAUCUCGGCCAAAUCUCGAAAAUAUUCACAGAUAAUUCCAAUUAUCAUCUUCAAAUAAAGGAGACAGACAUGUUUGGCGAAAGAGACAGGCAACAACUACUGGAGUGGAACCGGGCCUAUCCUGAGACAGUUGAAUCGACAGUACCUCUAGUUUUCGCGCAACAGGUUCAAGAGCGGCCAUCUAAUAUAGCAAUUGAUGCAUGGGAUGGACAACUCACUUAUUCAGAACUCAACGACGUUUCAGAUGUGCUCGCACGGCAUCUUACAUACCUAGGGGUGUUACCUGAGCUAUUAGUCCCCCUCUGCUUCGACAAAUCCCUCUGGGCUGUGGUGGCACAGAUGGCUGUGAUGAAAGCUGGUGGAGCUUGUGUAAACCUCGACCCUAGACAUCCCCAGGGCCGCCUUGAGACAAUCGUCAAAGAUUCUCAGACAAGUAUCAUUCUCUGUGCCCCUCAUUAUUCUGGGAUACUAGGGUCAUCUACUCCUCAGAAUGAAGUUGUGGUGACAGAGGACCUCAUACACAAGUUAGCUGGCUCUCCUGACUCUAGCAUAGAGCCAUCUCCCCCCAGCCCUUCAAAUGCAGCAUAUGUGCUCUUCACAUCGGGCAGUACUGGUAAACCUAAGGGAAUUGUUAUUGAGCACCGCUCGCUAUGUUCUAGCUCUAAAGCCCACGGCACCCGCUGGGGGAUUGGGGCUGAGACCCGGGUGCUGCAGUUUGCCGCAUAUACAUUCGAUGUAAGCUGUGCGGAUAUAUUUACAACAUUACAACGCGGCGGCUGUAUCUGCAUUCCUUCUGAUCAUGACCGUCUGAACGCGCUUCCAGAUGCUAUUGUCCGAUUCCGGUGCGACUGGGCUUUCUUAACACCUACAGUGGCGAGCUUGCUUCCUCCAGACUCCGUCCCUUCCUUAAAGAAGCUGGUUCUAGGAGGAGAAGCAUCAACAUGGGAAAUUAUCAAUAGAUGGUACAAUAUCCUUGAGCUCAUUGUGUGUUAUGGUCCUGCAGAGUGUUCUAUAUACUGCUCUGGAGCACCUCCUGCGACAGCUACCAGCGAUCCAGCCAAUCUAGGAAGCGCUAUCGGGGCGCUCUAUUGGGUUGCUAAUCCGAAUGAUCAUAAUCAACUCACUCCACUUGGUUGCGUGGGCGAGCUCCUGCUUGAGGGUCCUACUAUUGCUAGAGGGUAUCUUCACGAUAUAGAAAGGACAGAACAGGCCUUUGUGAGCAACCCUUCUUGGGCUCCACCUUUUACUCCAGGUGCUUCUCGCCGCUUCUACCGUACAGGUGAUCUUGUUCGCUAUAAUAGUGACGGAACCAUUCGAUUUGUUGGCCGAAAAGAUACCCAGGUUAAAGUUCGCGGGCAGCGCGUGGAGCUAGGGGAGAUCGAGCAUGCCAUAUCUACAUCUAUGAAUAGCAUUGCUCAUGUCACAGUCGAUUCUAUCCUGGAUGCAUCCACAGGUCGACAAACUGUAGCUGCUUUCCUGCAUUUUAACAAUGCUAGCGGCCACGCUGAGAUCAUGGACAUGACAGAAGACCUCCGUCACCGGUUGAUAGAACUCCAGAAGGCCCUUCGGGAAUCGCUGCCUUCAUACAUGAUUCCAUCCCUUUAUCUACCUUUGGCGCGAGUCCCCCUUACAAUGAACGGAAAGGUAGACCGGCGACAGCUACGUGGGCUUGUCAACUCCUUGACAAAUGCUGAUAUUACCAGCUGUUCCCUAAUAGAAGACACUCCGCAUGUGCAACCUACUACGGAGGAAGAGUUCAAACUUCGCGAACUUUGGUCGAGGGCUCUUCAUGUAGAGGUUGAUACGAUAGGAGCUACUGACCAUUUUAUCCACUCCGGCGGAGACUCGAUUGUUGCAAUGAGAUUGACAAGCUUAGCUCAAGCCGAAGGAAUAUCCUUAACAGUACAGCAGAUAUUUGAGACCCCUAUUCUAUCAGACAUGGCUUCUCUGAUUAUGGUUCAUCCGUCAAGCCGUGAUAUUAAUCACUCUGUCGAUACGAUAUAUGAGCAGUUCUCGUUGCUUCCGGGGCAACCAGAGGAAGAUAUGCUCUCGAUAGUCGCUGAAGAUGUCAAAACUAGCCUUAGAAAUAUUGCAGAUAUUCUACCAGCAACUGAUUUCCAGUCGUCUGCCAUUGCACAUUCCAUGCUGAAGACGAGAGGGCUUCUCAACUACAUUUAUCUUGAGGGGAAAGGAGAGAUACCUUGGAAUCAGGACGUCAUCCAAGAGAAAUGGUUCGAGUUUACUAGCAAACACCAGAUCCUACGAACGGUCUUCGUCUUUUAUCAAAGCAGUCUUUACCAGGUUAUCCUAAAGCAGGUCUUGGAAGGCAUUUCCUGGCAUAGAACUGAUGAUGAUAUCGAUUCUUUCUGCCGCGAUUUAUAUCAGAGAGACAUUCAGUCUGACCGUGACCUUAGCGAUCCACUGACUAAAUUGAUGGUGGUCGGAAAUAAUGAACGGCAUCGACUUAUUCUUCGCUUAUCCCAUGCUCAAUAUGACGGGAUAAGCUUACCCCUGAUUUGGCAGAGUCUACAAACGGCCUUUUCAAGCAAGAGAUGCCCGCCAGAGAUCCCCUUUGCAAACUAUAUAUCAACCAUUAUCUCUCAGCAAAAAGUCACAAACUCCAGGGCAUACUGGAAAGCCCUACUGGCAGAUUCUAAAAUGACAAAUGUGGUAGAACAGUCCAGACCAUAUUAUCAAAACACCUACGACUUGCACAUAAGGCGAUCUAUCACCAUUCCCUCUCAGCUGUCGUUGUCGAAUCAAGGAAUUACCUUCGCAACUGUCCUUAAGGCCGCAUGGGCAAUCGUUCUCGCCUCUCUCUCGGAAACGACAGAUAUCAUUUUCGGCCAUGUAACCUCCGGUCGCACCGUCCCAGGAAAGGGCAUCGAGCGAGUGAUCGGUCCGUGUCUCAACAUUAUUCCAGUGAGGGCCCAGAUGGACACUACUACCACUGCAUUUGAUCUUCUACAGCAGCUACAAUCCCAGCACGUCGCCAGUAUGGCCCACGAAACUACUGGGAUGCGAGAUAUUGUUCGUCACUGCAGCCCGUGGAAGCCGUACACGCGGUUCAGCACCAUAGUCCAGCACCAAAAUAUCGAUGAAACUGCCACGGUUCUGCUGGAUGACCAGGAGUACACAGUUGGUGAUUUCUGUCCAGCAGCAGACGAGUCAGAUAUUGCUAUCAAGACGACCCCCCGCAGCGGAAAUGAAGUUGAGGUUCUUCUCAUUUCGUCAUCGCUAUCAGUUGGAGAGCUCGCAGCGGACAGAAUAUCAUCCAUUCUUUGCGAUACAAUCCACAGGCUCUAUACUUCUGAGGCUACUGACCUCCUUGUUACUGAAUUGAUAGACCAUGGACAAUCUCUUCCGCCGUUGAGCAAGUGUUUUACAGGUACAAGUCGAUACGCAACUUUACAGAGCAGCUUUCAGUCAAGGUCUGGUGAAAUGUUACUGACCAUCCAAACUGACUGGGGAUCUGCGCUGGAACAGCCAGACUUACUGAUAGAUUGGGAUUCGGACUUCUUCGAUGCCGGAGGUGAUUUGGUUUCUAUUAUAUUGCUGGCUACAACAUGGAAUCGGCAGGGCUAUAAAGUUACCCCAGAGCAGCUGCUGUUUAACUCGCGAGCCUCGGAGAUGGCACAAGUACUUUUUCAGUCAUGCUGA